GUAACAAAAUGAAAAUCAAGGUGAUUUCUCGAAAUCCAAACACUUAUCAAAGAGAAACCACGGACAAAAGGAACAAAAUCGUUCGAAACUUCAACACACCAGCGGACCCAUUCAGAUCUCAAGUUGAAUACACACGUGCUCUAAAUGCCACGAAAUUGGAGCGAGUUUUCGCUAAACCAUUCGUUGCGAGUCUUGACGGCCAUGUCGACGGAGUUCAAGUUCUUGCAAAGCAUCCGAAUCGCCCAUCCACAGUUUUCUCCGGCGCCCGAGAUGGUCAAGUAAAAAUCUGGAAUUUGGCUUCCAGAGAGUGUCAAGCAACUUUAGACGCACAUCGAGGACUUGUUAAUGAUAUUUCAAUUGAUAAUAAUAAUGGAGAAAACUUUGUAACUGUUGGACAGGACAAUCAACUCAAAUAUUGGAAGAUCGAAGGACAACAGAAAACGCCGGCCCAUUCAAUUGCAAUGGAUGGAAUUGUGUAUGGAGUCUCUCAUCUCUCAUUCUCCUCGGAUUUUGUCACUUGUGGAGAAGAUAUUAGUGUUUGGAAGCCGUAUCGUGAGACACCACUACGCAGUUAUAAUCUCGGCACUGACACAAUUCACACAUGCCGAGCGAAUCCAGUCGAAGAGAACGUGAUCGUUGGCGCCCGCUCAGAUCGUUCGAUUUACGUGCUCGACACGCGACAAGACGUUCCACUGAAGAAGGUGACGAUGAAAAUGCGUCCGAAUAAGAUCUCGUGGAAUCCGAUGGAGGCCUAUAACUUCACGGUGGCUAGCGAGGACUAUAGCCUGUACACAUUUGAUAUGAGAUAUAUGGAACAUCCUGUUCAAUCUCAUCAGGGAUUCACGUCUGCUGUGCUUGAUGUCGACUAUUCGCCGACUGGUCAAGAAUUUGUGGCUGCUGGAUAUGAUAGAUCUAUUAGAUUGUUUAAGGCUAGAGAUAUGACUAGCAGAGACGUCUACUACACAAAACGAAUGGCCUCAGUCCUCUCCGUACUCUGGUCUGCUGAUUCGAAAUUCGUUCUAUCUGGAAGUAACGAAAUGAAUAUUCGUGUCUGGAAAGCGAAUGCCGCGGAGAAGCUUGGACCACUCACAAAACGAGAGAAACAAGCUUUCGCUUAUAAUGAAAAACUUCGAGAUACCUAUAAGAACCAUCCAGAAGUACGAAGAAUCGCAAAGCAUCGCAAUGUGCCAAGACAUAUUUUCACAGCCGCCAAGGAGCACAAGCUUAUCAGAGACGCCCGCGGACGACGAGAUUUCCGACGAGCAAAAGCCGCUGGACUCGACGAGGAGGAAUCAUAUCUGCCACAGACUCAGAAGAUUAUGGUUGGAGAUGCCGAAAUGUGAAGCAGCAGCGUCGUUUUUUCUUUUGUUAUUUGUUGUUGUUUUCAAGUUUAUCACACUUUUUUUUUUUGGUUGUUCUCCUAUUUUUCCCAAAAAAAAUCCUUGUUUU